AUCUGCUGCCAAUCCUGUUAAGAAGGGCCAGUAGAACUUCUCAAAGCGGAGAAGAGAUUAUUUAUACAUAUUGCAUUUAGCAUAAUAUAUUAAUGAUUUCGAGAAGAUAAAAAUCAAUUUAGUAAUCCAAAAUUAACCAUCGUUCAGAUGGGGUCAUACUAAAAUACGCAAACUGCGAAGUCCGCGAAAACCUCAAGUUGUAUCAUUACAACUGCAAAUAUUCGGCUAAUUUGUGGAGAACAUCGAAUGUUGGUAGUUUUUUUAUGAGGUUUUCGCCGAUCAACUUUUGGUUUUCGCGGUUUGCGUAUUUUGGUAGGACCGGUUCAGAUAUUAAUAUGUGACCGAGUUUUUGACCUGGUCAUCAACUGGUCAUGACAUGGGAAUGGGAGAUCUGCACUGACCCGGAUACAAGUUGUUAUGAUAAUUUAACUUGAUUGGGCUGGUCAGAUCUGGAUAAAAGUGUAAUGGAACUUAAAUUGGAGAAGACAGAGGAGUCUUUAGAGUCUCAGAGCAUGACGCCAUGGAAGAUGUUUCAGAGGUGCCAGUCCUACUUUCAGGCUGUUUCUACGCAAGGCACCAAGAUAUGCCCAAAACCAACUUUAGAUGAGGCCAUAGAUGCUUUGAAUGGUCUGCAGUCAAAUGCUGCUGUCAUUGAAAAGAAGCGACAAGACAGGGAGAAGAAUGGGCCAAACGUAACACAUUCAAAUGUGCCAGAAACCAAGAGAUUAUCAGAGCUGGUUGGAGUUACGUUAGAUGACAUUGAUAAGCUGAACGUCAUCCAUGUCAGUGGAACAAAAGGAAAGGGUUCCACGUGUGCUUUCUGUGAAAGUAUUUUACGUGCUCAUGGGUAUAAAACUGGUUUUUACAGUUCCCCUCACCUUGUCGAGGUCAGAGAAAGGAUCAGGCUCAAUGGUCUUCCUCUUUCUAAGGACAUGUUCACUGACUACUUCUGGCAGUGUUACAACAAACUGAUAGAAGGAAAGGACAGUGAUGGAGGAAGCAUGCCAUCUUACUUUAAAUUCUUGACAGUUAUGGCUUUCAAGGUGUUUGUUCAAGAAAAGGUAGAUGUUGCUGUGAUUGAAGUUGGAAUAGGAGGCCAGUAUGAUUGCACAAAUAUUGUCAGGAAGCCAGUGGUGUGUGGAAUAACAUCCCUAGGUAUAGACCAUGUCAGUAUUUUAGGAGAUACAAUUGAAAAGAUAGCCUGGCAGAAAGCAGGGAUUAUGAAGCCUGGUUGCCCAGCAGUUACAGUUCCCCAGCCAGGAGAUUCUUUACAAGUCAUCAACCAGAGAGCUAAAGAGAUAGGAAGUUCACUGACACUAGCUCCACCUAUAGAGAAGUAUGGCUGGUCAUCAAGCUCUUUGGAGUUGGGUAUUGCAGGUGAUGUACAAUAUAACAACGCUUCACUUGCUUUACAACUAUGUCAUACAUGGUUGAAGAAGAUGAAGGGGCAACAGGAUCUUACUAAAAAUGGUGUCAUUCCCCCUCAACCUCAUGGCCAGAGUGAAAAUGUAGAUGGAAUCCCAGAAGCAAAUAUAUUCGCAGUCACAGAUCUUUAUCACCAAGGUCUGAAGAAGUGCAGCUGGCCUGGUCGAAGUCAAACACUGAAGCAGGGCAGGAUUACUUAUUUUCUAGAUGGUGCCCAUACCCCAAGAAGUAUUGAGGUUUGUGGAGAGUGGUUCAAUAAAGCUUCAUCAAGAGAAAACAAGGAAAAUGGCAGAAUUGUACGUGUGUUGCUUUUCAAUUCCACAGGAGAGAGGGAGUCAAGAAAAAUACUGAAACCACUUGCGGGAUGUGGUUUUGAUUGUGCAGUGUUUUGUCCUAAUAUUGUCUCAACUAGUGGAGACCAUGCAGAUUUGACAAACAAUAUGGUAACCAUGGAAAAGCAAAUGUUGCGCUGCCAACAGAACAAAGAGGCCUUCGUCCAGUUGCUUCAAACUGCCUCUGCGAAUGGUCCCAGUGAUUCGGAUGAACAUGAUAUUGAAGGUAUCCCACGGAAACGAUCAAAAAAGGAGUACAACUUGAAGGAGUUGGACAUUGACUCUGACGUGAAUGAAAACCUCACAAAAUCGUAUGCACAAAAUGAACUGAAUGAUUUUGCCAAUUCUACCUCAGCUCCACAUCCAUUCUCACACAAGGCAACCAUUCCAACCUAUGCAUUUCCCACUAUAGUGGACACGUUAGGUUUUGUAUCUUGCGGAGAGGCUGGACCUAUUCCUAGUAAUGUGGACCUCCCAGAAAUCCUUAGCACUGCCAGUACUGUCCAUGUCUUGGUGACUGGGAGCUUGCAUCUUGUUGGUGCAAUGUUGAGUGUAUUGAAUCCAGACUUAAAUUAAGUAGCUCAAAUUGGUAUAUAUAUUUUUUUUUUCUCAGGUCACACAUGAUGCUUUGAGCCCAUGCCAUUUUAAAACAUGGCUGUGUGGCCUAAAACGAAUAACAUUGUAUGAAUGAAUAAAUAAAUGAACAGAUGUCAUUGGUAUAUAAAAAAUCAUAUAUGAGGUCUCAUUGGGUAGCACAUUUACCUAUCCUUUGUAUGUAUGGGAUGCAUUUUGUUAUUAACUUUGGCAAAUUAAUUGUUAGCCUUUUUCAGUGUCGGAAUGAAAUAAAAAUAAGCUAAUGGGGGUCACUUGUUUUCAGAACACAACUGUCGACUUUUAACAGAUCAUAAUUAUUUAUUACCGAAAAUUAUAUUUUUGGAUGCUUGCAUGUCUUUUUGUGCAACUUUUUAAGAAUGAUAAAUUACUUUUAAAUAUUAUUUGGUAUUGUAAAUUUUCAUUUUCUAUGAACACUGCAAAUUAUCUGAGUGUAUACUAUGUUCAUUCACUUUUAUCUACAGUAUAUUCUCAGUAAUGUUUGGAUAUGGGUUUAAUAUAAAAGAAUAGUUUUUAGUUGGACAUAUGUUAAUACCUACAAUCAUGAAAUGGAAAGUAGUUUCGAUUUAGUGAUUUGCAUCCUUGAUGAUGUGGAUCCUUAAUUUCUUGCUGUUUGUAACAGCAAAAUUAGGUGCGGCAAUAAAUUACGAAACAUGAACUAUUACCUGACUA